AAUUAUAAACGGGACUGUUUUGCCCCCUGCUACCUGAUUAAACCGGACCAAAACGUCCUGAACAGGGGAGAGGGAUAUCCAGAAAGGGAGAACGCGAACUUGCGAAGGCGACUGCGGACGCCGCCGCCCAUCCGCGCCACCCUUCUCCGCCACCGCACCUCCUGCUGCCGACGCUUGGGCCAGCCGCCACUCGCCGCCCCUCCAGCCCAUCUCCCCGGCUCGGAGCAGCCUUUGGGCCGGAGGGCGUCGCGCCGGCCAGGGCGGCGUCGCCGCGCCUCCCCACUCCAAACCCUAGAUGGAGGGAGGGAGGCAGAGCUGCCCGCGUUGAGCCCUUUCCCCCUUCCCCGUUGUUUAUAGCUAUCCUGCAAACCUUGGCCGUUCCUCACCACUCAUUGCAAUUGACAUAUCUGAAAAUUAUUUCUCUGGUGAAUUUCCAAGGUUCCUGUGCCAAAACCACAAACUGCAAUACUUGCUGGCUUUGGAAGCAUACUUCCUGUGCCAAUUUCCCAGCUUCAGAAGCUUGUUGCUUUCAACAAUAAAUUCUCCGGCCAAAUCCCUGCAAAGAUUGGAAGUCUGAAGCUGCUGUCAUUCCUGCACUUGGAAUAAAAUGCUUUGCAAGGAUCGAUACCACCAGAUAUUGGUAUGUGCAACAGCCUAGUUGAUCUGAACCUUGCAGACGAUUAUUUGACUGGCAUCAUUCCAGACACACUAGCCUCUCUGUUCACUCUGAAUUCACUCAACCUACUCACAACAUGAUCUCUGGUGAAAUCCCUGAAGGAUUGCAAUCUCUGAAGCUUAGUUAUGUUGAUUUCUCCCGCAACAAUUUAUCUUGACCAGUGCCUCCACAGCUCCUGAUGAUAGCUGGAGAUGAUGCAUUCUCUGAAAGAUGGCCUUUGUAUUGCUGGAGUUUCAGAAGGUUGGAGGCAAACUGCCACCAAUUUAAGAUAUUGUCCAUGGGAAUGACAACCAUCAGAACUUCUCACGGAGAAGAAUAUUUGUUGUGCUAAUUAAAUCAGUUCAGGAUAAUUAAGCUGGCCUAAUUAAAUUCCUCGCCCGCCACGCGCGCCGGCGUCGGCUCUCCUCGCCCGCCAUGCGUUCUCGUUGGGAGGAGAAAAAAGGAGACAGGGGCAAAUCGGUCAGCAAAUCAUUUAAUUUCACCGAAAAUACAUCUAAACUGUAUAAAUGGGCUAAAAUGGUAAAAUAUAGAAGCCCACUAGUUAAACGUGGCUGUUUAUGGAAACCCAUUUAUAUGGUAGCAUAACAUCGAAACUAAUAUUAAACAGCGGCAGAAUUUCAAAUUUCUCGUUAAUCAACGGUAUUACAGAGCACGCACGGCAAUGUUCGAGCACGCCAGGUGCUCGACCUCGGCGGCCCCCGCCGCCGGCGAGCGGCGCGCUCUCCUCCUCGACCCUCUCUCCCUCCCUCGCCUCCUCAUCUCCGCCGCCACGUCCUGCACCUCCCCCGGCGGCGCCACCGCCGCCCUGGUCGUAUCUUCCCUACACGCCGCCGCCCUCAAGCUGGGCGUCCUGCCCUCCUCGCUCCCGGCCUCCAACGCCCUCGUCUCCGCCUACUCCCUCUCCGGUCUCCUCCCCUGCGCCUUCCGCGCCUUCUCCCUCAUCCCCCACCCCUCCACCGGAUCAUACACAACCAUCAUCUCCGCGCUCUCCCGCCACGGCCGUCCCCAGGAUGCCCUCUCCCUCUUCUCCAGCUCCCCAGUCUGCCCCGACGCCGAGCUCCUCUCCUGCGUUGUCUCCUGCUGCCGCCGCGCAUCUGCCUUCCUCCCCGCUCGCGCGGCGCACGCGUACGGCAUAAAGACGGUGCCGGUGGUGGCCUUCUACGCCUCGGCUGGUCCAGCACUUGUCGCGCUGUAUGCGAUGUGCGGGAAGGUGAAUGCGGCGAAGAGGAUCUUUGAUCUUAUGGACGGCGAGGACGUGGUGUCCUGGAACGCGAUGAUUGGGGGCUUCGCUGGUGCCGGGAUGAACGGUGAGGCGUGGGAUUGCUUCCGGGAGAUGCGCGCAAGGGGUGUUCGAGGGAAUGCCCGUACGGCUGUGGCUGUGCUGGGGGCUUGCGAUUUGGAGUCUGGCAGACAGGUCCAUGGGUACAUCGUGAGAAACCAUGGUGCUGGUUCAAACGCCAUUCUGUGGAAUGCGUUGAUGAACAUGUAUUCAAGUGUUGGCUGCGUCGGCAAUGCUGAACAUGUGUUCUUUGAGAUCGAGCGGAAGGAUGUUGUGUCAUGGAAUGUGAUGAUCGGUGCUCUUGCAAAGAAUGGACAUGGAGAGAGGGCACUUGAACUUGUGGAUGCAAUGUUGCGGUGUGGGAUGCAGCCAGAUUCUGUGACAUUCACAACUGUUCUCGUGGCGUGCUGCUACUGUGGCUUGGUUGAUGAAGGUCUUGCACUUUAUGAGCGCUUCAUGGAAAAUUAUUCCCUCAUUCCUUCUAUGGAGCAGUGUGCUUGUAUUGUGGAUUUGCUUGCACGUGCUGGGAGGUUUAGAGAAGCUGUUGAAUUUAUCCGUCAGAUGCCAAUCAGACCAAAUGCAAUUGUAUGGGGGGCUUUGUUAUCUGCGAGUAGAACACACCAUAAUGUGGAGUAUGCACAGAUUGCUUUUGAGCAACUGGUUCAAUUAGAGCCAGAGAACCCUGGAAAUUUUGUGACUAUGUCUAAUAUAUACUCAAAGGCCAGAAUGGUUGAGGAUGCAAAGAGAGUUCGGAUGAUGAUUGACAGGGAUGAUUUAGUGAAGCCCUACGGACAAAGUCGUGUUCGAGCUACGUAAGAAGAGAUGGCAAAGACUAUGACCAAUAACCUACCUUCUUCUGCUUUGUAACUUCACAAAAUGGUUUAUGAAUAACCAGCAUAACUUUGGUUACUGUGAUUUUAUCCUCUACCCAGGAAGCCUACACUACUUCUCUUGUUCAAUUUAGUCAAAAUAUAGUGAUGUAGUAUAAUGUGUACUGAUCCUUUGUUAAUGGUUUUUACUGUCGCUAUGUUUUUUUAAAUAGUAAAAGAAAAGGUAAAUCCAGAGCGAUGAAAGAUCAGGUGUAUUGAUUACUUGUUAAUGGUCGAUAUACUUUGGUUAAUAGUCUCGAUGGAACUUCGCAAACUUA